CUCUGUUCCAUCAACAUGUCAACUAGUUUUAGAAAAUCUAUGUCCACCUAUCAAAGUGGUGGAAGUACAACGGGAGGAGGUUAUGGCUUUAAUGAUGGGUUUGGAGGUGGUGAAUUUAGUGAUGGCUUUGCAGCAAGAGGUGGUGGAGGGUAUGGAGGAGGUUUUGGUGGGGGAGCUGGUGGGGGUUAUGGAGGAGGAUUUGGUGGGGGAGCUGGUGGAGGGCAUGUAGGAGGAUUUGGUGGGGGAUUUGGUGGAGGGCAUGUAGGAGGAUUUGGUGGGGGAGCUGGUGGAGGUUUUGGUGGGGGAGCUGGUGGAGGUUUUGGUGGAGGUGCUGGAGGGGGAUUUGGUGGAGGUGCUGGUGGAGGAUUUGGUGUAGGAGGUGCUCAUGAAGGCAUACUUGCAACCAAUGAAAAACAAACCAUGCAAAACCUCAAUGACCGCUUGGCUUCUUACCUGGACAAGGUCAAGGAUUUAGAAGAGGCUAAUACUGACCUUGAGCGUAAAAUUCGAGAGUGGUAUGAUAAAAGAACUUCAGGGUCCUCUACUAGUAAAGGAGUUGACUAUAGCAAAUAUUACACAAUAAUUGAGGAUCUCAGAAAUAAGAUCCUUGCUGCCACUAUUGACAAUGCCAGGGCCAUUUUACAGAUUGACAAUGCCAGGUUGGCAGCUGAUGAUUUCAGACUGAAGUAUGAGAAUGAAUUGGCUCUCCGCCAGAGCGUGGAAGCUGAUAUUAAUGGUCUGCGUAGAGUCCUGGAUGAGCUGACCCUGGCUAGGUCUGACCUGGAAUUGCAGAUUGAGAGCCUGACAGAAGAACUGAUGCAUCUCAAGAAGAAUCACCAGGAGGAAAUGACAACUGUCCAAGGAGGAGAAGCUGGCCAAUUAACCGUUGAAAUGAAUGCAGCUCCUGGCAAAGAUCUGACCAAACUCCUGAAUGACAUGAGAGAGCAGUAUGAGACCAUUGCUGAGAAGAACAGAAAAGAGGCUGAGGAGAGGUAUAAUGAACAGAGCAAGGAUCUGAAGAAGGAGAUUUCAGCUGGGGUAGCUGAGGUGCACUCCACUAGUACAGCGAUCACUGACCUGAAAAGAACACUACAAGGCUUGGAGAUAGAGCUGCAGUCCCAGUUGGCAAUGAAAAAAUCCCUUGAAUCAACAUUGGCAGAAACAGAAGGCCGAUAUUGUGCUCAGAUUGCGCAGAUACAAAACAUUAUCAGUGGCGUGGAGGAACAACUGAGCCAGAUGAGGUUUGAUAUGGAACGUCAGAGUGAUGAGUACAGGCAGCUGCUGGAUAUCAAAACCCGUCUGGAGCAAGAAAUUGAAAAAUAUCGUCAGUUGCUGGAUGGAGAAUUCGGGUCAUCAUCACAGGGAGUCUCUUCUUCAUCUUCAAAAGCAGUUUCAGUGGAUUCUUCUAAAGAUCCAAACAGAACCAGAAACAUUAAGACCAUUGUUGAAGAAAUUGUGGAUGGAAAGGUUGUCUCAUCAAGGGUUGAACAGGUUGAAGAAAAGGUCAAAUACUGAGAGAGGACGCUGUGGCCAGAAGACAGUGGUGUUGGCUUAUGGGGCACUUCUAUUCUAAUCCUUUAAUAGAAAGAGAUGUGAAGUUUAUUCAUUUGAUUCAAUAAAACCUUUUCUGCAUUUUA